AUGCAGAGAGAACCUUCUGCCAGAAUUAAAAAGAAUCAUCCUUCAGAUCUCAUUCUUGGUGAUAUUGAAGAAAGCAUGGUGACAAGAAAAAAGUAUGUGAAUUUGGUUCAAUUCGAAUUUGUCAAACAAAUGACAGAUGAGUUUGAAAUGAGCAUGGUAGGUGAGUUAAACUAUUUCCUAGGACUGCAAGUCAAACAUUCAGAAGAUGGAACCUUUAUUUCUCAAAUUUCCUCUCUUUCUCGAGCAAUCAUGGUGAAAACCAGAGGAAGUGGCUCUUGGUCUGUCAAGGAUUUUAAGGCUGGUUCGUUGACUGCAUCUCCAUCUCUCACCAAGAAAAAGGCCCGAAAGAGUACCUUGUCUCAACCUAGCCUCAUUGACGGUUCCAUCACCACGAGCAAAGCCGUGGUUAUUCUUGACCUAGAAGCCCCCAAAGUAUCGUAUGGACCUCCUUCAUCGGUGACUCCACUCACCUCUGUUCCUGGGUCUUCCAAAAAGGUCCGAGCAUCCCUCUCAGUGAUAUCUCUGAUCAUGAUGGUGAUUCGGCCAAAACCCAUUCUGACUCCUCUAAAUCCCCUGAUGUUCUUGCACCUAAGAAAAAAAAGAAGCAAAGGGUGGUUCCAUGUCUCCUUUUCUCGAAAAUCUCCUUGGUACAAAGGUAAUAAUCCUUUGGUUUCCUCUCCAAAGGCCUCUUCUCCUGUGGGUUCCACUCCACGUUCCAAGUUUCGGUCGAAGGUGAAGAAGAUUCCUCCACCCUGUUCCUCUUCUGAAAUUGAUCCAUCUGAAGCUUUGGUUCCCUUUGAUGAUGAUCCCCUUGAAGAUGAUCCCUCUAUUGAUGAUGAUGUUGCAUCUGAAGUCAAGUCUGUCCCAUCAGAGGACCCUCCUGUUUCUCCAAAGGGAAAGAAAGCUGUGAAAAUUCCUGAGAUUCGCACAAAGUCACCAGUGGAUCCUAAAGCCUCUCCAGGUUCAACCUUUAAAGCUCACUCUUUGAAUUUCUGUUUCAAUGACAAUGAGAAAAAUAUGAAGCAUUAUGUGCACCAUGAUUUUAUCUGUGAGAAAUUUUUUUACUUUUCUGCCCAUAGAGUGUUUGGGGUCAUUAAGAAUAUUGAAGAUCGAGGGUGGUUAGGUUCUUUAACUGGGUUUGAUGGUUUUGUUCCUUGGGUUGUUCAAGAAUUCUAUGCUAAUCUUAAUGAUGAUUUGUUUGAUAGCAAGUCUUUUAUGUUUGGUCAAGUUUAUGUUCGGGGACAUUGGUAUUUGUUUAGUGCUGCUGAGAUUACCAAGGUUCUCAAUUUGCCUCCUGUUGUUAUCAAUGUUGAUGUGGAUUUCAACAAAGACAAGGUUCUAUCUGAGUUGGUGGGACAGAAUAUGGUUUGGGAACAACACUCGGUUCUCAAGGUGACCGAUCUUACUCAUUACUAUGCUGUGCUACACAAAUUUGCCACCAACAACUGGAUUCCCCCCCCCCCCCCCCCCACUCAUACCUCUACCAUUACCUUUGACACGGUCUUCUUUCUAUACAAAGUUGGGACUGGUCUCCAAGUUGAUCUUGCCACUCUCAUUUUUGAUCAGAUCACUGCCUUAGGAAAAGCCAAAAAGAAAGGCCAAUAUUUGGUGUUUCCUCAUUUGAUCUACAAGUUGCUUGAUUCUCAAAAGUCUCUCCGGUUGGAAUAUGAAAUCGUGAUACCUCCCACUGCCGGUGUAGAUUACAAACUCAAGAAGGAAUCCUCAUUAGUCAAGACAACUAAAGGGAUUACUCUCAAGGCUGGCGAUGCUGAUUCUGUCAUUACUGAACUCGUUGGUGUCAAGGCCACUCUGGAAUCUGUUUAG